AUGGGGACUACAGGUGACGACAUGGCUUCAGUGGAGCAGAACGCCUCCUUGAACCCCCUGUGCUUUGAGUGUGGGCAGCAGCACUGGACAAGGGAGAAUCACCUCUACAACUACCAGAAUGAAGUGGACGACGACUUGGUCUGCCACAUUUGCCUUCAGCCCUUGCUGCAGCCGUUGGACACUCCCUGUGGACACACUUUCUGCUACAAGUGCCUAAGGAACUUUCUACAAGAGAAGGAUUUCUGCCCGCUGGAUCGAAAAAGACUCCAUUUUAAACUCUGCAAAAAAUCCAGCAUUCUUGUUCAUAAACUGUUAGACAAGCUCUUUGUUUUGUGCCCCUUCUCUUCCGUGUGUCAAGAAGUCAUGCAGCGAUGUGACCUGGCGGCACAUCUCAAAAACAGGUGUCCAGGGGCUUCUCAUCGAAGGGUUGCUCUGGAGAGAAGGAAAACGAGCAAACUGCAAGCAGAAUCGGAAGGCGAGAGUGGUCCCGGUGGGACGGAGCAGCCUAGCAGUUUGUCUCCGGACGCAGAUCAGGGAAUAGUGCCAGCUGAGCAGAGCUUCACCUCACCCGCCCUCCCUGCAUGGACAGACGAGCCCGGCAUCGACAAUCCGCCUUUUGAGGAGAACACAGUAGCAGACACAAAUCAACAGCCACCUACCUUGCCUGAAGGAGAGAUCACCACAAUUGAGAUUCAUCGGUCCAAUCCUUAUAUCGAAUUAGGAAUUAGCAUAGUGGGUGGCAAUGAAACGCCUUUGAUCAACAUUGUCAUUCAGGAGGUUUACAGAGAUGGGAUCAUUGCCAGAGAUGGAAGACUUCUUGCUGGAGACCAAAUACUGCAAGUAUGGGACCUAAUUAC